CAUUGUAGGUCUACUUUCCUGAAGGGCGUUAGAUUAAAUGAUUGGGUCUUUAGUGACAUCAUUAUGUUACGCGCGAAUGCACGAAAUAAUUAGAUUUAGUUAUGCCGAGAAGCCCAAUAAAUGGAAGACGAAACAACAACAAGAACAGGUCAUCAAAUCAAACAAUUACGCUACGUUACAUACAUUUACUCGUGUAUGAGACGCAAGUCUGAGCUGUUAAGGUUUUGGCUUCAUCUAAACAAUGCUUCGAAAAAACAAUGCUUCGGAAAUGUUAGCAACAUCUAAAGCAAUGUCUGACAAAUAUAGUCAUAUUAGGCGCUGUUAAAAAUAGGAGGGUGACUGUGUGUCAAAAAACACUCAUGCGUCUAAUGCAUGUGGAUUAUUAUAGCCUAACGUUAAUUAAUUUUGUUGUAAAGCGAAGUGAGAACAGGUGUAUUAGAAUUUAAAACAACAACUUUUACAGAAACACGACCUUGCAUAAGGAAAAUAAGCUUUCAAUCAUGUAAUGCUAGCGUUAGGUUGUUUUCGCAAAUUUAACAAAGAUGAUUCUUCCCCCAAAAAUCAUAGCAUACUCACAGUUUCAUUAAUAUGAUGGCUGUUUCCGUUGUAAAUGUAUGAUCUAUGCGUGCAUCCUAGCUAUAAAUUAGUGUCGGUAGGAGUGUCUUGUGGUAGUCUGGUGGAGUUUAACUCAGCCCCUCUGCUGUCGUGCGGACAAACCGCCCUGGGCACAUUCCGCUCCUUUUGUCCCGACCAACUUGGACAGAAUGGACGAUUGAUACUGUUGGAUUGAAAGCGUGUUAUUCGAAGCUCUUGGCUUGUGUGCUGUAGCAGGUCUAAUUCAGUGGCUGAAUCACAUGGCAAUGACUGGAGCUGGAGUAAUGAGAGGCCAUGAGCUCAAAGACCCGCUGUUUACAUCGCACAGCUUCUCAAUACAACCAACCAUGAGAUCAAAUUGUGGAUAAUUUGUUUCCACCACGAUCACCUUGGAUCAAUCCAGCUCUCAUAUACGGCUAUCAUGGGAUGCCUCUUCCGAAGUGAGGAGAUGUGUCUGGUCCAGCUCUUUCUCCAGGCAGGUUCAGCUUACAACUGCGUCAGUGAGCUUGGGGAGCUGGGCUUAGUUGAAUUCAGAGACCUGAACCCGAAUGUGAACGCCUUUCAAAGGAAGUUUGUUUCAGAAGUGAGAAGAUGUGAGGAGCUGGAGAAAACCUUCAAGUAUCUGGAGCAAGAGAUCAACCGUUCUCUCUGUCCGCCUCUGAAAGGGCCUUUACCCACAGCCACACCAAUCCCAUCAGCCCCACAGCCUAGAGAGCUGCUCUCCAUUGAGGAGGAGAGCGAGAGACUGGCCAGAGAACUCAGAGAGGUAUCAAGGAACAGGGACAGUCUACGUAACCAGCUGACCCAGCUCAGUCAGUACAGAGGGGUCCUGAAGCAAAGCAUUUUACUACCAACCUCACAGGUUCCACCUCCAACUCUUGAGACCACAGCACUUCUGGACAGCAGGCAAGAUAUGCGUUUGAGUUUUGUCACUGGCGUGGUCCAUCCGUGGAAGGUUCCAGCAUUCGAGAGGCUGCUGUGGAGGGCCUGUCGUGGUUACAUCAUUGUAGACUUCUGGGAGAUGGAGGAAAGACUGGAAGUGCCAGACACUGGAGAGACAAUUCAGUGGACUGUCUUUGUGAUCUCUUUUUGGGGAGAGCAGAUUGGGCAGAAAGUGAAGAAGAUCUGUUAUUGUUUCCACACACAUACCUUUGUGUAUCCAGAGGGUUUGGAAGAGAGAGAAGGAAUACUUCAAGGGCUGGAAAGCAGGAUUGUAGACAUCAAAAUGGUGCUGUCUCAGACGGAGCAGUACAUGCAGCAGCUGCUGUCUCGCUGCGUGUGUCACAUGCCACAGUGGAAGAUACGUGUGCAGAAGUGUAAAGCUGUGCAGAUGGUGCUCAACCUCUGCAGCCCUUCAGUCACAGAGAAGUGUCUCAUCGCAGAGGCCUGGUGCCCUGUGGCCAAACUCUCCCUGCUCCAGAGCGCUCUGAUAGAAGGAACGAGAAAGAGUGGUAGCAGUGUGGACUCGUUCUACAACCGUCUUCCUGCACCCACAUCUCCUCCAACACUCUUUAACACCAACACAUUCACUUCUAGCUUCCAGAUCAUUGUGGAUGCUUAUGGUGUGGCCAGCUACAGAGAGGUCAACCCUGCUGUGUACACCAUCAUUACUUUUCCCUUCCUGUUUGCGGUUAUGUUUGGAGAUGUUGGUCAUGGUUUACUCAUGACUUUGGCUGCUCUGUGGAUGAUUCUGGAAGAAAGAGACCCUAAGAUGAGGAAUAACACUAAUGAGAUUUGGCGUAUGCUGUUUGGUGGAAGAUAUCUGAUUCUUCUGAUGGGGUUGUUCUCCAUCUAUACUGGGGCUGUAUAUAAUGAGUGCUUCAGUAAAGGACUCAGUCCUCUUUCUUCUGGCUGGCAUCUCAAACCCAUGAUGCAACACUACAACUGGAGUGAUGAAACUUUGAGGAGCAACCAGUACCUCACUUUGGAUCCGAACGUAACUGGAGUAUUCCAGGGACCAUAUCUAUUCGGCAUUGACCCGAUCUGGAGUCUUGCCAAUAACCACCUCACCUUCCUCAACUCCUAUAAGAUGAAGAUGUCAGUCAUCAUCGGACUCAUCCAUAUGACUUUUGGAGUCUGCUUGUCUUUCUUCAACUACAUGUACUCGGGGGAUGUGAGCAGCAUGUUCCUGGUGUUGAUUCCUGAGCUAGUGUUCAUGCUGUGUCUUUUUGGCUACCUUGUCUUCAUGGUGGUGUUUAAAUGGAUCGCGUUUGGACCUCAGGAUUCGGACCGCGCUCCCAGCAUCCUGAUCCACUUCAUUGACAUGUUCGUGUUUGCUGAGAACUCAGACAACCCACCUCUUUAUCCAGGACAGAUGAUAGUGCAGAGAGUAUUAGUGUGCUUGGCACUGCUGGCAGUUCCAGUGCUGUUACUGGGAAGACCACUCUUCCUGUACUUCAGGCACAGGAAUAACAGGAGAACAUUACAGGAGGAGCAGCGCCCCCUAGUCACAGACACCAGCUCUAUAAACGCUCAACUAGGAGACCUAGAGGGAGGAGGAGGAGCAGAGGAUCAGGAAUUUGAUUGCACAGAGGUUUUUAUGCACCAGGCGAUCCACACCAUAGAGUACUGCCUGGGCUGCAUCUCUAACACCGCCUCGUACCUUCGACUUUGGGCCCUCAGCCUCGCACAUGCACAGCUGUCCGAGGUUCUCUGGGUUAUGGUGAUGAGAAUUUCCCUCUCGUGGCAAGGCUAUGUGGGAUCUGUGGUUCUGUCAGUCAUCUUCUCUGUCUUCGCCAUGCUCACUGUCUCUAUCCUACUGGUAAUGGAGGGGCUGUCAGCUUUCCUGCAUGCACUGCGUCUGCACUGGGUGGAGUUUCAGAACAAAUUCUACAGCGGAUCUGGAUACAAGUUCAACCCUUUCUCCUUUGCAUCAAUUCAGCAUCUGGAGUAAAUGUAAACAUUCUCUGUAAAAUGUUUAAUACUUCAAUUUAAAGCUGGAUGGGUCAACCCAUGGUAGUAAAAAAUGAUUCAUUCGAGGGAUUGUUCACUCUGAAAUGAAAAUUCUUUCAUUAACUCAUCACCGUGUUUUGAUUUUGUGGAAAACAAAAUGAGAUAUUUUGAAGAGAAGGUCCUCACUGCAGCCAAUGGACAGAGCUUGAUGUCCAGCUGCCCUAUGGGUGGAGAUUAAAGGCCCAAGCCCAGAGAUCUUAAUGCUGAGCAUAAUGUAUGGAUUCCAAAAAUGCACAAUACUAAUAAAGGCUUUUGUAACUUA